GCGGCCAGUUGCAUCGGUGCCAGCAGGUGGAAUGAAGUGAUACGCCUUACAGGUUUUUGAAGAUGAUUUAUUUGAAGAAGUGGGCUCCAGAAGAAAGCCACAGAAGACAUGGGAUGAAUGGAAGUGUUGACAGAAUUUCAAAGGAGUGCCACAAGGCUAAUUAUGGUCAGGGAGGUCGCCUUAAAUUCUUCAAAGAUGGAAAGUUCAUUCUGGAGUUGGAAAGAGCAAGGGAAGGGGAAAGACUGUCUUGGGUAUCAGUUCCCAGGAAGACAUUUUGGCCUCCUCCGGGCCCUGCAACAUCCACUUCUGCAUAUCGGCAGGAAAGUAGUACAUCACUCAGUGUUUCAGAUGACAAUAGUUCAGUGCAAUCAUCUCCAUGGCAACGAGACCAUUCUUGGAAGCAGACCACGCCUAAGCGUAAUAUCUCACAAGAGAUGGUAUUGUUCUUUUUUCGCCCAAAGCAAAGAAGGGGUUAUAGAGGGUCGUGUACCAGAAGACGUCGUCCUCUUUCGACGGUUGAGGACAAAGAAGAGGAAUCGGACGCAGUUCACGAAAAGAAGGAAAUAAAGGAAAAGCGGUCCUUACUUUCCAUCGUACAGAGUUUGAUAGAUAAGAACUGUCCAACCGGAACACCUCCUCGACCGGAAACAGUGGUUUCUCCCAGGAAACGGUUUCUUCGUGAAAUGGAACGAGAAAGAACACCAUCAGCAUCCAGUAGUCCGACUUCUGACAGACCGGGUUCUAGUGAUGAUGGUUCCUCAAAUUCAGCUCAAAAACGCAGUAGAGUACGGUCGCAACCAGGCCCUGCCACUCCCAGAACGCCACCCUAUCCUGUGAUCAGACCAGAGAAGUCUGAAACUGUUACACCACUCAAUACUCCUAUUAGAACUAAUGGGUUUGAUGAAUCACCUGUAAAUAACAUUAAACCAUCAAAAAACAGUAGUUAUAG